GCUUUACGAGUCCAUGGGCUUGGAUUGGACACAGCAAAUUGAAGGGGUGGGAACCUCCGCGGAGGCCGCUCAGCGACUGGUCAGAGGCCGGAGGGAGCGUGGUCUUCGGGGGCGGGGCAGGAGGGGCGGGGGAGAGGCAGAUUGGGCAGUGCGCCACGCUGAGGUGGUGGCGCCGGCCCUUGAGCAAGUAAGUGGGCAAGUCCUGAAGCCCCGCUCUGCUGAGGACAGGAGGUCGGCGAGCUCCGGUCCUCCAAAGCGCUGAGGACGCGUGGGGGUCAGGCGCCAUUCGGUGAGUGUGGUCCGGAGGAAGCCCGAGUGUCCCGCCCUCCCUUUCUUCCUGGACCGCGCCGCGGAGCGCCCUCCCCCGCCUCAGACCCCGGCCUGCGCCGACUCCGACUCCUGCGUCGGAGGCUGCCUGUGCCUGCGGCUGUCGUUCGCCCCUGCGCGGCCGCGGUCGGUUUAGGGAAUCUGGAAACUGGUUCCUAGCCCGCGGAGGGGAAACUGAGGCGCGCGAGGCUGGCCCCCCUCAUCAGCGUCUGCACACAGACACCAUGGCCGAGCCCUUGAAGGAGGAGGACGGCGAGGACGGCUCUGGGGAGCCGCCCGGGCCAGUGAAGGCAGAGCCCUCCCACACCGCGGCCUCUGUCGCUGCCAAGAACCUGGCCCUGCUCAAAGCCCGCUCCUUCGAUGUGACCUUUGACGUGGGGGACGAGUACGAGAUCAUCGAGACCAUAGGCAACGGGGCCUAUGGGGUGGUGUCCUCUGCGCGCCGCCGCCUCACGGGCCAGCAGGUGGCCAUCAAGAAGAUCCCAAAUGCUUUUGAUGUGGUGACUAAUGCAAAACGGACCCUCAGGGAGCUGAAGAUCCUCAAGCACUUCAAGCAUGACAAUAUCAUUGCCAUCAAGGACAUUCUGAGGCCCACUGUGCCCUAUGGAGAGUUCAAAUCUGUCUAUGUGGUCUUGGACCUGAUGGAGAGCGAUCUGCACCAGAUCAUCCACUCUUCACAGCCGCUCACACUGGAGCAUGUCCGUUACUUCCUGUAUCAGCUGCUACGGGGCCUCAAAUACAUGCACUCAGCUCAGGUCAUCCACCGUGACCUCAAGCCCUCCAACCUCUUGGUGAAUGAGAACUGUGAGCUCAAGAUUGGUGACUUUGGUAUGGCCCGAGGCCUGUGUACCUCCCCUGCUGAGCACCAAUACUUUAUGACUGAGUAUGUAGCCACUCGCUGGUACCGUGCCCCAGAGCUUAUGCUCUCCCUGCAUGAGUACACACAGGCUAUUGACCUCUGGUCUGUGGGCUGCAUCUUUGGUGAAAUGCUGGCCCGGCGCCAGCUCUUCCCAGGCAAAAACUAUGUGCAUCAGUUACAACUGAUCAUGAUGGUGCUGGGUACCCCAUCACCAGCUGUAAUUCAGGCUGUGGGCGCUGAAAGAGUGCGGGCCUAUAUCCAGAGCCUGCCGCCACGCCAGCCUGUUCCCUGGGAAACAGUGUACCCUGGUGCUGACCGCCAGGCCCUCUCACUACUGGGCCGCAUGCUGAGAUUUGAACCCAGUGCCCGGAUCUCAGCAGCUGCUGCCCUUCGUCAUCCUUUCCUGGCAAAGUAUCAUGACCCUGAUGAUGAGCCUGAUUGUGCCCCACCCUUUGACUUUGCCUUUGACCGUGAAGCCCUUACCCGAGAGCGCAUUAAGGAGGCCAUUGUGGCUGAGAUUGAGGACUUCCAUGCACGACGUGAAGGCAUCCGCCAGCAGAUCCGCUUCCAGCCUUCGCUGCAGCCUGUGGCUAGUGAGCCUAGCUGUCCAGAUGUUGAGAUGCCCAGUCCCUGGGCUCCCAGUGGGGACUGUGCCAUGGAGUCACCCCCACCAGUGCCCCCACCGUGCACAGGUCCUGUACCCGAUAGCAUCGAUCUGACCCUUCAGCCACCUCCACCAGCCAGUGAGCCUGCCCCACCAAAGAGAGAGGGCGCCAUCUCAGACAACACCAAGGCAGCUCUCAAAGCCACCCUGCUCAAGUCCCUGCGGAGCCGGCUCAGAGAUGGCCCCAGUGUACCUUUGGAGGCUCCUGAGCCUCGGAAACCAGUGACAGCGCAGGAACGCCAGCGAGAGCGGGAGGAGAAGCGCCGGAGGAGACAAGAGCGAGCCAAGGAGCGGGAGAAGCGCCGGCAAGAGCGGGAACGCAAGGAGCGGGGCGCUGGGGCUGUGGGGGGCCCUUCCACUGACCCCCUGGCUGGACUGGUGCUUAGUGACAAUGACCGAAGCCUGCUGGAGCGCUGGACUCGAAUGGCCCGGCCCCCUGCCCCGCCUGCCGCUCCAGCUCCAGCCCCAGUACCAGCGUCAUCCCCAGCCCAGCCCAGCAGUCCUGCUGGCCCUGCAGCUCAACCCACUGGUCCCUCCCAACAACUUGCAAGCUCGACCCCUACUCCUGCACCCCAACCUGCUUGCUCACCCUCUGUGCCCCACCCUGCUGGCCUUCCUGGACCCCUCUCUGUUCCUGCAUCACUCCAUACUGCCACCUCCACUAAUCUUCUGCCCCCUGCAUCGCUUGUGCCAGCCUCUGGGUUGCCUGGCCCCAGCACUGUAGUUCUGCCCUACUUCCCAUCUGGGCCACCCCCUCCAGACCCUGGGGGCCCCCCUCAGCCUUCUACAUCAGAGUCACCUGAUGUCAACCUGGUGACCCAGCAGUUGUCUAAGUCACAGGUGGAAGACCCCCUGCCCCCUGUGUUCUCAGGCACACCAAAGGGCAGUGGGGCUGGCUAUGGUGUUGGCUUUGACCUGGAGGAAUUUUUAAACCAGUCUUUUGACAUGGGUGUGGCUGAUGGGCCACAGGACGGCCAGGCAGACUCGGCCUCACUCUCAGCCUCUCUACUUGCUGACUGGCUUGAAGGCCACGGCAUGAACCCUGCUGACAUUGAGUCUUUGCAGCGUGAGAUCCAGAUGGAUUCCCCGAUGCUGCUGUCUGAUCUGCCUGACCUCCAGGAGCCCUGAGGGCCACAGCCAGUGCCUUGCUGCCAGGGGAGAUCCAGCUCCAAGGUUCAUCUCAGACCCACCCUUCAGCCUUAAGCAGCCACCUGAGCCACUGCCGAGCCGUGUCGGGAUUGAGAGACCCUGACUUCUUCUGAACAAUCCUUCUCAGUAUUGUAUUUUUAUUACUGUAAUAUUAUUAGGCAGUCUUUUUGCCAUCAAAAUGAAGCCUGUGAAAUAUAAGGUUCCCUUUAA